AUGCAAGAAGCCAGGGGGGCGGCACCGCGGCUGAUGGCGGCGGCCAGCACCGACGACGUCGGCGACGUGCGGAGGACGGUGGAGGAGAAGCCGGUGGUGGUGGUGGGGCGGCGGGGCUGCUGCAUGGUGCACGUGGCCCGGCGCCUGCUCCUGGGGCAGGGCGCCAACCCGGCGGUGCUCGAGGUCGCCGACGACGCCGACCCGGCGGCCCUCGUCGUCGCGCUCCGGUCGUCCAGCGUCAACAGCGCUAAGGGCGUCGUUGAUGCGUACGGCGCGGCGCCGGUAGCUACGAUGGCGGCGACGGCGCGCCACGCGGCGUUCCCGGCGGUGUUCAUCGGGGGGAAGCUGGUGGGCGGGCUCGACCGCCUCAUGGCGAUGCACAUCGCCGGCGAGCUCGUGCCGGUCCUGAAGCAGGCCGGAGCUCUGUGGCUCUGA